AUGGAGAAGAAAGAAGAGUUUAUGGAGGCAGCAUUUGAGCAAGCAAGGGAGGCACUGGCUGCUGGAGAGGUACCUGUUGGAUGUGUCUUUGUGUACAGAGACAAGGUAAUCGCCCGUGGCCGUAACAGCGUCAAUGAGACCCACAAUGCAACACGACAUGCCGAGAUGAACUGUGUGGAUGGAACUCUGGUUUGGUGCAGGGAAAGAGGAGAGGAUCAUUGUGCUGUGUUCCGCGAUGUGAGUGUGUACGUGACAGUGGAGCCUUGUGGGAUGUGUGCUGAUGCAUUAGGGCAGCUGGGCGUGUCAGAUUUGGUGUUCGGGUGCUCCAAUGACAGGUUUGGCGGGUGUGGGUCUGUGGUGGAUGUGCCGAAGCUGUAUGGUCACCAGUAUGCCAUAGAGAAGGGUGUGCGUGCUGGUGAUGCUGUACACCUGUUGAAGGAGUUUUAUAAAGGUGAGAAUCCUAAUGCACCGACAGACAAGGCCAAGAGGAAAACAUAACGGUGGUGGUGUCUGUGGUGUUGUGAUUGGAGUUUUACAAAGGUGGAGGUUUCUAGGCAAAGAGGAAGUCAUAAGGUGUGGUUGACUGUUUCUAUGUUCAAAAGGAAUUAUAAAGUGCUUUAAUAAUAAAUUGGAAUUUAAUAAAAACUGAGAAUUCUGA